CACUUCCGUUUAAAUGCUGUCUUUUUCUUUCCCCUUUUGGUUGGUGGAAGACGUUUUCUGCUUUUGCGGCAGUAUUUUAUGCGAUAUUCCAAAUAAUUGAAGUGGAAAAUGAGUUUGGCCAACGCAAGACCUUUGGUCUCUGUCUAUUCGGACAAAAAUGAGCAAGUCGAGGAUAAAAAUAUCGCCUUGCCCACAGUUUUCAAAGCCCCCAUUCGCCCGGAUAUUGUGAAUGAAGUGCACCAACUUAUCCGCCGUAACAACCGUCAGCCGUACGCCGUUAGUGAACAAGCAGGUCAUCAAACGUCUGCUGAAUCAUGGGGUACUGGUCGUGCCGUUGCCCGUAUUCCUCGUGUUCGUGGUGGUGGUACUCAUCGUUCUGGCCAGGGUGCUUUCGGUAAUAUGUGUCGUGGUGGACGCAUGUUUGCCCCUACCAAGACCUUCCGUCGCUGGCACCGCAAGGUGAAUGUCAACCAACGCCGUUACGCCCUUGUAUCGGCUAUUGCUGCGUCCGGAGUUCCAGCCCUUGUACAAUCUAAAGGUCACAUCAUUGAUGGUGUUUCGGAAUUCCCUUUGGUGGUGUCUGAUGAAGUUCAGAAAUUACAAAAAACCAAGCAGGCUGUAGUGUUUCUGAGACGCAUGAAAAUCUGGGCUGACAUCCAAAAGGUAUACAAGUCGCAGCGUUUCCGUGCUGGCCGUGGUACAAUGCGUGAUCGCCGACGUAUAGCUCGUCGUGGUCCUUUGAUUGUUUUCUACAAGGAUGAGGGUUUGCGUCGUGCAUUCCGUAACAUCCCCGGCAUUGAGACAAUGAAUGUGGAUAAGAUGAAUUUGUUGAAAUUGGCUCCAGGUGGUCAUGUUGGCCGUUUCGUUAUUUGGACUGAAUCGGCAUUCGCACGUCUAAACGAAUUGUUUGGUUCAUGGACGAAGCCAUCCACCUUGAAGAAAGGUUACAAUUUGCCACAACCCAAGAUGGCCAAUACUGAUUUGUCCCGUCUGUUGAAAUCGGAAGAAAUCCGCAAAGUAUUGCGUGAUCCACGUAAGAAGGUGUUCCGUCGUGUGCGUCGUCUGAAUCCAUUGUCCAAUGUUCGCCAGUUGAUCAAAUUGAACCCAUAUGCCGAGAUUUUGAGACGCCGCGCUGCGCUAGCAGCUGAAAAGCGCACUAUUGCCAAAAAAUUGGCCGUUGCUAAGAAGAAGAAUGUGGAACUGGCGAAAUCACACUUUGCUGCUGUCGCUUCUAAGGCACAAGCCAACCGCACUAAAAUGUUGCAAAAGGUUUUGGCUGAACGUAAGAAGAAGGCAAGUGCCAAGAAAGUCGCUAAAAAGGCAGCCCCCGCUAAGAAGUAAAAUGGAUGGAAUACAGUCGUUAUGCUUGUUCUUUAUUUGUAAUGGAAGAGUAAUUACAAAAGUUCUAUUCAUAAUAUAAAAUACUUUAUAAAAAAAUGCGACUAAAUUUAUUAUUUAAGAUAUUUUAUAAAACAAAAUCACACUUUUUUAGUGACGAAACUAAUAUUGCUUUCGUAUUCAUGUAAAAAAGUUAGUUUUUUACAUAGUAUAAAUAUAUGGGCCAUUACAACAUAA